ACAUGUUUCAGUUCUGCUUUGUAUCUCCCAGGUGAAGAGUCUGCAGAGGAACAAGGUUCAGAAAUAGACACAAUUCAGCUGCAGCUAAAGAUCAAAUGCAGUAGGAACCCCCGAGCCACCAAAGACUCCUCUGACCCACGAGAGCUGUAUCUGAACCACAUGGUUUACUCCAGCGACAUCACGUGGGUCCCCAUUGGGAACCAGGCGGACGUGUUUGCAGACUCUGUCAUCAGACCGGUGCACAACGACAUCCUGAUCGCUCAGCUGCGGCCCGGCCAGGAGCUGGACAUCAUCAUGCACUGCGUUAAGGGCAUCGGUCAGGACCAUGCUAAGUUCUCUCCGGUGGCCACAGCCAGUUACCGGCUGCUGCCAGAGAUCACCCUGCUGGAGCCGGUGGAGGGGGAGAAGGCCGAGCGCCUCAAACGCUGCUUCUCACGAGGAGUCAUAGACAUAAAAGAUGUGAACGGGACAAAUGUUGCAAAGGUAGUGAACAGUCGCUUGGACACAUGCAGCAGGGAAGUGAUCCGUCAUGAUGACCUGAAGAAUGUGGUGAAGCUGGCCAGACUGAGAGACCAUUUCAUCUGUAAGUCCUUCCGCUCAU